CCGGAUCAGAGCAUCUUCCAGGGCUGGGGUCUGGUCCCCUGCACCCCGGCCAGAGCCUCCCCCACGGGGACUCCGCGGCAUGGCAGAGACAGGGUGCUGGACGCAGGCGGGCGCUGGGCUGGCCGGAGCUGCGGGCACCGAGGGGAGCGUGUGACAGGGUCGCGUUCCCUCCGCGGGACCAUGGUCUCCAUGAUGCUCGCCCGGCGGCUGGCCUGCAGCUUCCAGCACAACUACCGCCUGCUCGGGCCAGGAAGCAGAAGCAUCAGUCAGGCAGCGGCCAAAGUGGACGUGGAGUUGGACUAUGACGGGCCGCUGAUGAAGACAGAGGUCCCUGGACCCAGGUCUCAGGAGCUGAUGAAACAGCUGAACAUUAUUCAGAACGCGGAGGCCGUGCACUUCUUCUGCAACUACGAGGAGAGCCGAGGCAACUACCUGGUGGACGUGGACGGGAACCGGAUGCUGGACCUGUACUCCCAGAUCUCCUCCGUUCCCAUAGGGUACAGCCAUCCUGCUCUCGUGAAGCUCGUCCAGCAGCCUCAGAACGUGAGCACCUUCGUCAACAGGCCGGCCCUGGGCAUCCUGCCUCCGGAGAACUUCGUGGACAAGCUCCGUGACUCUCUGCUCUCGGUGGCCCCCAAAGGAAUGUCCCAGCUGGUCACCAUGGCCUGCGGCUCCUGCUCCAACGAAAAUGCCUUCAAGACCAUCUUCAUGUGGUACCGGAACAAGGAGCGAGGGAAGACGGGCUUCUCCAAAGAAGAGCUGGAGACGUGUAUGAUUAACCAGGCCCCCGGGUGCCCGGACUACAGCAUUCUCUCCUUCAUGGGCGCCUUCCACGGGAGGACCAUGGGUUGCCUAGCGACCACACACUCCAAAGCCAUCCACAAGAUUGACAUCCCGUCCUUCGACUGGCCCAUCGCGCCCUUCCCGCGGCUGCGGUACCCGCUGGAGGAGUUCGUGAAGGAGAACCAGCAGGAAGAGGCCCGCUGUCUGGAAGAGGUCGAGGAUCUGAUCGUGAAGUACCGGAAAAAGAAGAAGACGGUGGCCGGGAUCGUGGUGGAGCCCAUCCAGUCCGAGGGCGGCGACAACCACGCGUCCGACGACUUCUUCCGCAAGCUGCGGGACAUAUCCAGGAAGCACGGCUGUGCCUUCCUGGUGGACGAGGUCCAGACCGGAGGGGGCUGCACCGGCAAGUUCUGGGCCCACGAGCACUGGGGCCUGGACGACCCGGCCGACGUGAUGACCUUCAGCAAGAAGAUGAUGACGGGGGGCUUCUUCCACAAGGAGGAGCUCAGGCCCAACGCCCCUUACCGGAUCUUCAACACCUGGCUGGGGGACCCGUCCAAGAACCUGCUGCUGGCCGAGGUCAUCAACGUGAUCAAGCGUGAGGACUUGCUCAGCAACGCGGCCCACGCCGGGAAGGUCCUGCUCACGGGGCUGCUGGACCUGCAGGCCCGGUACCCCCAGUUCAUCAGCAGAGUACGGGGACGGGGCACCUUCUGCUCCUUCGACACCCCUGACGAGUCCAUCCGGAAUAAGCUCAUUUUAAUAGCCAGGAACAAAGGCGUGGUGUUGGGGGGCUGCGGCGACAAGUCCAUCCGCUUCCGGCCCACGCUGGUCUUCAGGGACCACCACGCACACCUGUUCCUCAACAUCUUCAACGACAUCCUCUCCGACUUCAAGUAGAGCCCUCCGGCCGCCCGCCGGCCCGCCCUUGCCGUCGUCCAGUCGAUCCCUUUGCCUAAUUCAUGUUUCCACUUCUCGUG